AUGAAUGCGAAUGGGCGGCUUCUGCACCGGAAAUGGCGUUUUCUUUCGAGCCUGCGAUGGCAAAACGGAUUGCUUGUUUUUCUGCUAAUCCUCAGUCCACCGGUCCGGUGCCAGAUUCGGUAUUCCAUCCCAGAGGAGAUGAAGAAGGGCUCUCUUAUCGGUAACGUAGCACAAGACUUGGGAAUAGACCUGCGGAGGCUCCGAUCCGGCCGGGCCCGCAUCGUGACGGGAGAAUCCACACAGUACACCGAGCUGAGGGCAGACAAAGGGAUUCUGGUGGUGAACGAGAGAAUAGACAGAGAGCGGCUUUGUGGCGACAUCACGCCCUGUAGUUUCGCCCUGGAGAUGAUUUUAGAGAACCCGAUGGAGCUGCAUCACAUCACAGUUGAGGUUUUGGACGUGAACGAUAAUUCGCCUGCUUUUCAGCAGCAUGAUAUGACGCUGACGAUAGGGGAAGCUGCGCUCCCGGGCGCACGGUUUGUAUUACCGACAGCGAAUGACCCCGAUGUGGGAGUGAACGGUCUGCAGGACUACACUUUAUCCCAAAAUGUCCACUUUGUUUUGAAACAGCACUCGAAUCUUGACGGUGAGAAAUAUGCCGAGAUGUUGCUUCAGAAGGCGUUAGAUAGAGAGGAGCACCCGAGUCUGUCUCUCAAGCUGAUCGCGGUGGACGGAGGAUCUCCACAGAGAUCUGGCACCAUCAAUAUAGACAUCACUGUCCUGGAUGCUAAUGACAACGCACCUGUUUUUAACCAGUCGAUCUACAAGGCCAGCGUGUUGGAAAGCGCAGCAAAGGGGACCUAUAUCACCACCGUGAACGCCAGUGAUGCGGACAGCGGAUCAUACGGUCUGAUUUAUUAUUCUCUGUCCUCAAUGCAGGGCAACGUGGCUACGUUGUUUCAGAUUGACAAGACGACAGGUACGAUAUCUCUGUCAGGGCAGGUUGACUAUGAGAAGGAAAGAAAAUAUGAAAUACGCGUCGACGCCACAGACCAGGGAGCUUUAACAGAUUCUAGUAAGGUGAUAGUUGACGUGAUUGACGUGAAUGAUAACGCGCCUGUCAUAAAUGUCAUGUCAUUCACCAGUCCCGUGUCGGAGGACUCCCCUCCUGGAACAACAGUUGGAAUAAUAAAUGUUAAAGACUCGGAUUCUGGUGAUAACGGACAGGUGACGUGUGCAAUAGACAAAAACUCACCUUUCAAGAUUAAAUCGAAUUUAAGGAAUUAUUACACGUUGGUAACUGAUGCUGUGUUAGAUCGUGAAGCUGUUUCUGAAUAUAACAUCACUGUAGUUGCCAUAGACGGAGGAUCGCCUCCACUAUCAAGUAAGAAAACCUUUCAUCUUAAGGUCUCCGAUGUUAAUGAUAAUGCCCCAGCAUUUCUGCAGGGGGUUUACGAUGCCUUUGUUGCAGAGAAUAACUCCCCAGGUGUCUCUGUACUGAGUGUAAUGGCUAAAGACCCCGAUGAGAAUCAGAAUGCCCGUAUUUCUUAUGUUCUGGAGAACUCAGAUAUUGACGGAUCUCCGGCUUCAGAAUAUGUUUCUGUUAACGCACAGAGCGGAGUUAUCCACGCAGUACGCUCCUUCGAUUAUGAGCAGAUCCAGAAACUGGCUUUCGUUGUUAAAGCGCAGGAUGGAGGCUCUCCUCCACUCAGUAGUAACGUGACUGUGAACAUAAUGAUCCAGGACCAGAACGACAACGCCCCUCAGGUUCUGUACCCAGUCCAGACCAGCAGCUCUGUGGUGGCUGAAAUGGUGUCUCGUUCAGCAGAUGUGGGCUAUCUGGUGACUAAAGUGGUGGCUGUUGAUGUGGACUCUGGACAGAAUGCCUGGCUCUCCUAUAAGCUGCAGAAAGCCACAGACAGGGCGCUGUUUGAAGUGGGCUUACAGAAUGGGGAAAUAAGGACUAUCCGCCAAGUCACUGAUAAAGAUGCUGUGAAACAAAGGCUGACUGUUGUAGUGGAGGACAACGGGCAGCCCUCUCGUUCAGCUACAGUCAAUGUUAACGUGGCGGUGGCGGACAGCUUCCCUGAAGUGCUCUCGGAGUUCACUGACUUUACGCACGACAAGGAGUACAAUGACAACCUGACUUUUUACUUAGUCUUGGCUUUGGCUGUAGUGUCCUUUCUCUUCAUCACCUGUUUAGUGGUCAUCAUAUCAGUGAAGAUAUACAGAUGGAGACAGUCUCGCAUCCUCUAUCAUUCCAGUCUGCCGGCGAUUCCCUAUUAUCCACCACGUUACUCAGACACUUUGGGGACAGGGACUCUCCAGCACGUGUACAAUUACGAGGUGUGCAGGACGACUGACUCCAGAAAGAGUGACUGUAAGUUCGGCAGAGCCGGUAGUCAGAACGUGCUGAUAAUGGACCCCAGUUGUACAGGGACGAUGCAGCGGAUCCAGAAUGAAAAGAACAUCCUGGAUGAGCCAGACUCUCCUGUAGAGGUUAGUUCAACGGGCCAGUGUUUGAAAAAUGUUAUGCAAGUGUCAAAACAUAACACAUUUGAAUGCUGCACGUCUUGA